AUGGCCCAAUUUGAGAUCCCACAAGAACAAUGGGCUCAGGUCGUCGAAAAGACCGGCGGACCACCCGUCUACAAGAAGAUCCCAGUACAAAAGCCUGGCCCUGAUGAAGUACUGAUCAACAUCAAAUACUCCGGCGUUUGUCACACCGAUCUUCACGCCAUGAACGGCGACUGGCCACUAGACACCAAGAUGCCAUUGGUCGGCGGUCACGAGGGAGCAGGCGUCGUCGUCGCAAAAGGCUCUCUCGUCGAUAACAUCGAGCUCGGAGACCACGUCGGCAUCAAAUGGCUCGGAGGAUCAUGUCUGAACUGCGAAUUCUGCAUGGAAGGCGACGAGCCAUUGUGUCCACACGCUCUGCUCUCCGGCUACACCGUGGACGGCACAUUUCAACAAUACGCAAUCGGCAAAGCCGCCCACGUUGCCCGUAUCCCAAAGGACCUUGACCUCGCGGCCGUCGCGCCUGUUCUUUGCGCAGGUAUCACCGUGUACAAAGGACUCAAAGAAUCGGGCGCCAGAGCAGGACAAUACGUCGCUAUCGUCGGCGCAGGUGGCGGACUCGGCAGCUUGGCACUCCAGUAUGCCAAGGCAAUGGGUCUCCAUACCAUCGCCAUCGAUGGGGGAGCCGCGAAAGGAGAAUUCUGUAAAUCGCUAGGUGCAUCUGCUUACGUCGACUUCACGACAUCGAAAGACCUCGUUGCGGACGUCAGAGCGGCUACACCGGGCAAUGUCGGUCCUCGUGGGGUACUGCUACUUGCUGUUUCAGAGGGUCCGUUCCAUCAAGCUACUGAAUAUGUGCGAUCUCAUGGCGUCGUGGUCUGCAUUGGAAUGCCAGCCGGAGCAUAUUUCAAGGCUCCCGUUUUCGAUACGGUGGUGCGCAUGAUUACCGUCAAGGGCAGCUAUGUCGGGAAUCGUUUGGAUACGUUAGAGGCGAUUGAGUUCUUCCGUCUGGGGCUUAUCAAAGCACCGUUUGAGGUUGUUCCUCUGAGUACGCUGCCUGAGAUUUUCGAGAAGAUGGAAGCUGGUAAAAUCGUGGGACGGAUGGUCGUUGAUACCAGCAAGUGA